UGCGAAUAUUUUACAACACUUUAAUUUACCAAGGCGCAAUUUUUAAGCUUUACAAGUUGUUUUACAUUGUUUACCCUUGAUUAUAGAUAACUUUUUAAUUGUUCAGGAUGUCGAGGCGUGUGCAUCGACCAAUUUCACAACCUACAAAUGAAGCUCUUGUAUCUGUGAAAGGGAAAAUCAAAAGUGUCUACUGCAAAAAUUUUGUAACAUACGGAGAAUGCAAUUUUUAUCCAACAGAGUAUUUGAAUGUUAUUAUCGGACCCAAUGGGACUGGCAAAUCAACACUUGUGGCGGCAAUUGUUCUUGGCUUAGGUGGCAAGCCCGAUUUACUAUCACGCUCAAGUUCCCUUGGUGAUUAUGUAAAAAACGGACGGGAUGAAGCAGUUAUCAGAGUUGAGAUAUUCCGCGAUACUUACAAAACCGUAAUUUUCGAACGAUGUUUUCCACGCAGCGGCAAAUCUAUGUAUAGAAUUGGGGAAGACAACGUAUCAGAAAAGAACUACAUAGCUGCUAUAACGGCAUUCAAAAUUCAAAUCGGCAACUUAUGCCAAUUUCUACCACAGGAUCGUGUGCAAGAUUUUGCUAAAAUGGAUCCGCAAAAGAUAUUCUUCAAUACUAUUAGCUCGGUUUGUAGCACUGAAACACUAAGUAAAUUCGAAGAACUGAAACAAUUACGUUACAACCAAACAAACUACGCCGAUGAUGCUAAGAAGAAAAAAGAGGCUUUAGAACAGUUGCAGGCGGAGUGCAAUAUGUUGCAGCAACGUUUGGAGCGAUACAAUGAGCAACAGGAAUAUCAAAAUAAGUUAGCUGUUUGUCAUGCGAAAAAAUUGGAACUAGAGUCACGCACUUUAGAAGAACAGAAGAAGCAACAAACAAAAGAUUUGUCACUGGCUGGAAAGAAACUUGAAGAAGAAAAGAAGAUAUAUGAUAGUGUUAUGCGACGCCAAAAUGACAUAUCGAAAACAUCACAGCAGCUCACCCAAGACAUUGCACUAAAGGAACGGCAUGAGCAAGCAGUUAUAGGAGAAAAGCAACGCAUCGAAAAUGAGAUAAAAAUAUUAAAGGACCGCGUCGAGCAGGCGCGAACCACUUAUUUAAAAAAGAAACGAGAAAAAGCAGAUCACGAUAAUGAUUUGAAAAAUGAAACCAGAGUAUUGCAACUGUUUCGGGAUGAUUUGGCCAAAGCAAAAGAAAAUAUUGAUGAAGAUAAAGACUGGAAAGCUGAAAAGUCCGAACUUGCACAAAAAAUUCAAAGUUUGAAAGGAGAGUUAACUGGAUAUAUGAAAACUCGGUCCGAGAUUAACAGUAAAUUGGAUGAGCACUACGCGCCAGAAAUUAGUUUGCUGAAAAGACGUUUAGAGCGUACUAAUGAUGUUCAUGCACAAAAGUUACUGUUAUUACAAGAAAAAUUUCCCGAAGUAUAUCGAGCAGUUCAGUGGUUAAAAAACAAUAAAGAGUUAUUUCGAGAACGUGUUUAUAAUCCAAUGAUUUUGGAGCUAAGCGUACGAGAUCCCGAACAUGCCAAGUAUUUCGAAAACACUAUAAGCAUUAGAGAUUUACUUGCAUUCACUUGUGAAAACAAAGAGGACGUCUCACUCCUCGUAAAUGAGUUAUGUGUAAAACAAAAAUUAAAAAUUAGUGUCGGGCAUGCACCUCCAGCUAACAAAAUAAAUUACCGUGCUGACAUACCAAUUGACUCCUUAAGAUCCUGCGGUUUUACUGCAUACUUAAUUGACUUGAUUGAGGGACCACCAGCCAUAAUUAAUUACUUAUGCAAUCUGAACAGCAUUCAUAGAAUACCGAUUGGUACAACUGCUGUUAAUGAGAAAACAGAUGACAUACCAAACACAAUCAACUUUUUCUUCGGCGGCGAUCAGCUUUACUCCGCCAAAGUCUCCAGAUACUCAGGUGAAAGAUCGCUUUUGCAGAAUCAGAUUAGAGGCAAGAAUCUGUUAACUAGCAAAAAUACGUAUCAGAUUUCAGAAGAUGAGAAGCGAUUACGGGAAUUAAAGCGUGGUAGUGAUGCAUUGAAGAAUCAGCGCACAACUUUGGAAGCUAAGAUUGAGGAAACAAAUCAAAAGCGUGAGGAGUUAAUGGCCAAAAAUCGUGCUAUUGACAGCAAACUGGCAGAGCGUAGCCAAAUGGAAGAAAAAUGUCGGCGACAGUGUGACAAAGUUAUGCAAAUGAAAAAUAAUGUUAUCAGUUUGCCCGAAUUGGAAAAAAAUUUUUCGGCGAAAGUGAAAAGUUGUUUGCAAGAAAUAAUGCAGUUGCAAAAUGAGAAAAUUGAGGUUUUAAAUAACCUCCAACAGGUUUUAGUCGACAAAAAAAUUGCAGUUAUAAAAGAGCGGAUCUUUAAGCAAGAAAACGAGGAGCUUAUAAACACCAUAAAAGAAGUGACGGAGAACAAAGCGCAGGCAUCGCGUAUGGUAGAAAAAAUAACAAGGGCUUUAGAAAAGACGAACGAGCUGUUGAAUGCAAAAAUCGCCGAAGCCAGAAAGUCUAAGAAAGAGUGUAAAUCCCUGCAGCUCUUCAAUCUGCUGCCGGACACCAUGGAGGAACUAAAAGAAGUUAUAAACGAAUGUAGAGGGCGUUUAGAAUGCAUAGGAGAUGUGGACAAUAAUAUUGCUGCAGAGUUUAAGCAAAAAUGUGCAGAAAUAGAAAAACUUCGGGAAGGAAUGCAGAAUGCCGAACACGAUCGUCAGAACGUAGCAGCGCAGCUACGGACGCUACACGAGGAAUGGUAUCCCGAAAUAGAAGUCAUUGCCACUACACUAAAUACCCACUUUGGCGAUUUUAUGUCUUCUAUGGGUUAUGUGGGUGAAGUGAAUUUGGUCAGGCGUGAUGAGUUUGAUUACGAUACGUACGGUAUACAAAUUAUGGUGCAGUAUCGCAGCAAUGCGCAAUUGCAGGCACUUGACCGCCACACGCAGUCCGGUGGUGAGAGGGCGGUUGCGAUUGCGACGUACACACUAUCGUUGCAACACCUCACGCACGUACCGUUUCGCUGUGUCGAUGAAAUAAAUCAGGGCAUGGAUGCAAAUAAUGAGCGGAAAAUAUUUGAAAUGCUUGUUAAGGAAACUACACAAGCCGGACGUGCGCAAUAUUUUUUUGUUACUCCAAAGCUUUUACCAAAUCUCUUGCACAACGAGCGGAUGUCGGUGCACAUCGUAUUCAAUGGCAAAAUGGUCGAAUCGCCAAAUGUUUUUGCACUCCAAAUAUAGUAUUAUUAUUAUUAUCUAAUUAUUAUUCUUGAAAUGUGUUAUAUUUUACUUCGUUUUACUUUUAUU